AUGGCGAAUAAUGUAAAGUUAGAUCGCCGAUUUGACUGGGUUGGUCCACCGGAUCCGUUGUCCAAGAUAAGAUCGAUAAGGUAGGAGAUAAUUCGAUUAAGUUUAGCUUUAUUCAUCAUGGAUAAUAUAAAUAUCUGUUAUAGACAAUCUGAUUUAAUAAUCUGAAUGAAAAUGAUUACAGACUGCGUCGAGUGGAUAAUGAGACCAAUUUGGAGCGGGACUACCGGCUAGCGAGAGAGAGUCUGAAUGAAUGGAACUCGGACUUUUGGAGACGGCAUAAUCAAGAGUUCGAAAGAUGUAAAUCCGAGUUUGUUGCCAAGGUAUGUAACGAAUAAUAGUCCCAAAUGCUCUGUUUAGAAAAAAGAAACCCUUGGAAAGCUGACUCAGGUCUCCGCCGAAGAAAUGUCUGUCUUUUAUCGGGAUUUCUUGAACCAAAGAAGAUCGGAACUCGCAAAUUACAACAGGUAAGGAGUGAGUGAAGUAGAAAUAUAAUUGUUAUUAGUAUGCCUCUAUUGUCUACUUUCAGUGAAUGGUAUCGCCGCAACUUCAGCUUGAUCUGGCCCGCCCUCAAGGUGAAUUUAAUCCGGGUUCGACGUCUGAUCCUUCGACGAUAA